CAGGUUCCAAGAAAACAUAAAUCAAUAACUGGAAAAGCUCGGUUAAGAUUUGGCUGGGUUUUUGAAAGAUGAUAUUCUGGUAUUAUACAACUGUAUUGUUUUUAAAAUAAAUUUAUCCUAGUGCAUCAGAAUUUGCUAAAGCUUUUGUAGUAGAGGUACUGUGAGUGAGGCAAGUUACUGCUCAGUGUGCAGAGGUUCAUGUUAUGCAGCGUGGGGGAACUUGUAGCAAAGUGGCUGUGACUCUUGGAGAACGCGGCAUGUGUGGCAGACCAAUGUCGUGGUCAAGCGCAUCAUCAUGGCGAGUGCCACUGCCAAUAACGACAUUGCCGCUGUGUGGCAGCGUUGUGACAGAUACAUCUUCAAAAUUUACUUCACAUACGAGUACAAGUUUAAUGGAAUCUUCCUGCGAGGAAGAAGCUUCUCCUGAAAACGAACUUUGUGGUGAUUUUAACGGAUUUUUGAUUAAAGAAGUACAGGGUUGCACUAAUAUUGCUACUGAAAACAGCAAAAAACUCAAGGCCAAAAUUAGCCUCGAUGAAAGUAAGUUAGGAACUAAUUCUAAUACUGAAGGAUAUUUUGAAAGUGAAAAUUUUACCCGUAGCGAUGUUAUAUCACGAACCCCGAGCGACUCGACGCCACGGUUACCUCGCUCUGGAGGUUACCGUAGUGCCUUGGCUCGGUCAUCUUCGUACCAGGCCCUGCACUCGGCACUAGCCAGGCUCUACAGACUCGAUGACUUCUCUACAGAGAGAAUCGGCCAGGGCUUUUUCUCCGAGGUUUAUAAAGUGCGUCAUCGCGUAACGGGUGACAUUAUGGUCCUGAAGAUGAACAAACUGGUCAGUAAUCGGCACAACAUGCUCAGGGAGGUGCAGCUCAUGAACCGUCUCCACCACCCCAACAUAUUGGCGUACCACGGCGUUUGUAUACACGAAGGCCAAGUCCACGCUCUGACUGAGUACAUCAGCGGCGGGCCUCUGGACGUGAUUCUGCAGGACCGCGCCGUGGAGGUCAGCUGGCUGGCGAGGGUGUCGCUGGCUGCUGACAUCGCGCGAGGCAUGGCAUACCUACACGCCCAGGGCGUCUUCCACAGAGACCUCACGUCCAAAAACGUUUUAGUCAAAGAAACUGGUUGCGUUGGGCGGAAGCGCUGGGAGGCCAUUGUUGCUGACUUCGGCUUAGCUGCUUCUAUCCCCAAGGAUAAAAGUGUGCGCAUGCGCCAGGUGGGCUCUCCUUAUUGGAUGGCGCCUGAAGUGAUACGAGGCGAGUGGUACGACCAUAGAGCUGACGUCUUCAGCUUUGGAAUAAUUCUUUGUGAAAUGAUCGCCAGAUGUGAAGCUGAUCCUGACGUGUUACCGAGAACCAACAACUUCGGUGUGCACUAUUUAGCCUUCUCUCGGAUGUGUCCCAACGACUGCCCGCCUUACUUACUGCAGAUGGCCUUCCAAUGUUGUCAGAUCGACCCAAAUACGCGAUUCAGCUUCGAAGAACUCACUAAAAACUUUGAAUGGUUGUUGAACAAGUUCAUGGGACAUCGCGCAUCUUCUGCAAUGAGGAAACAAAAAGUCUGCCAUCGUCGCUCCCUGUCUGACGACUGCUUGAUGUUGGGCCGCUCGAGCAACGGAGACGACGCCAAUUACAGCAGCUGCUCGGGUGGUCAGGGCAGCGGCGGGGCGUCUGCUGUACCUUCGUCCACAGCCGCUGCUGAGAUGGGCCGCACGCCCCAGGAAGUCGUCGAGCGCAUGGGAGCUGCUGAUCCAUACUUCACCCCAUCUACUGCAACCGUCAAUCCUUUUACCGGAGUUAAAUUACCCGCACCUUCUCGACUAACCGUUGGAGAUGGCGCACGCUUUUGUCACUCAUUGCCAGACCCUUUGCCCGGCAGAAGAGGUACACACAACGGUCAGCAGUCUUCAAGUUCUCACUUGUCGCGAGUAGUUACCGCAGCUGCCUCCUCCUCCACCAGAGCGCCACUUCACCACCACGGCUCCCACACGAGUCUGUCUCACAUGCAUGAAUCUCCAGCACGCUGCUCGUUACUCCUUCGUCAGGAGGGAGGCAGCGGCGGUGGUUGUGUCCCUCAUAUGCCUCAUCUGACAGGUGCUAUCAAACGAAGGGGAUCUGGUGAGAGUGGCUUCUUUAGUGUAGGCGAUAUGGAGAGAACCGGUACCCCGGAUCAGUGGCUUAGUUAUUCGACGCUCAGCUGCGCCUCUGUUGCCUGUGAAGAUGAGGAGCGCUCGUGGGUCACUGACAGCUCUGAAGAUCUGUGUGGACAGGAGGAACACGACACCCACGAACCUGAUAUUAAAGCCAUCGUCGAGUUCUUCGAGAACGGGUACGGGUCUUUACGUUCAGGUCCUUUAAUGGGACCUCGUUCUUCUCGGCUGUCUCCUCGGUCUCCCGCCAGCCCUCCUCACCUUCACGGAAGGAGCGCUGCUGGCCGACAAUUUUCGUCCUCAAAAAUUGGUUUAAGGUCCCUAAGUAGUCGCAGAGAUACUUUCCGUGUUAAGGACAGACCCAAAAUGUAUAUAACGGCUGGAACUGUCCGAGCUAAGCGGGAUAUUUUCGAAGCCAAGUGACAAUUUAGACGUGGUAUUCCGUCGUAUAUCUUUCGAGGUUUGUCACCACCAAGUAAAGCCAAAAGCGAUUUACUCAGUGGACCACCUAUUCCCUAGUACUAAUGCGAUUUAGUCAAUGUUUGUCUCUCCUAGUCAAAAAUACAUCUUAUUUCGGUAUGUCCACAUGAGCCGGCCGUGCCUGGCUGGGCAUAGCCCGAGACUUAGGGGCAUUGUUGAAGUAACGCGACGAUCUUGACGCCGUCUUGGAAGUUUUAUGAUGAAAUCUGACUUGCAAAAAUGUUGUCUGUCUAAAGUGACGGAUUCUGAAGCGGUCGUAGUGCUGGUCUUCCUCACGCUUAGUUUUGUCUUUUUCCUGUAUUGUUAGACUCGCAUUUUGUCGGUCUUUGCCGGUUUUGUCAGAGCAGCGCUCUUCCUGGCAAAGCAAUAGCUGCACAGUAGUCAACAAUCCAGUUUUCUAUCCGUCCUAGAUUAGAUUGAAUAAAAAUCAACAAUGGUGUACUGAUUUUUAAUAUAGCCACUGUACGUGGCCUGCGAUUUAUUAGGAAUUAUAUUUGAUACAUUUUUCACGUAGUACGGAAGUUUAAAGGUGGAAUUGAAAGGAAUGACGUCAAAAUAUCUGCAAGGAAAAAUUAUGUCUCGUCUGCAGCUUUAUUUCGUUACUUAACUAUCUUUUAGAAUUAUCUUCGGUAAAGAAAGAUUUGGAAAUGAAUGAUCACUUGUUGACUACUUUUGGUCAACGGUUUCGGAACUGUAAAGAGAUGAAAAUUUUUUUGAAAGCUAUAGAUCUUCUGGAGGAGAUCCAAAAUGCGAUGUUUCAUCUCUCCAUAAAACACCAUGUUUAUGAAUAUGAUUUCAUAUUUCUUGGUUAGUUCUUAAUGCGUUUCGGAACUGAAUGGAUUUAGUCAAAAUGCGUUUCAUUGUUUCCUGUUGCAUUAUUCAUGGUCACUGUCAUCAAUAUAUGAUGAUGCAACCGUUGUUCUUUGCCUCUGUGCAGGUGACAAAAUAACUUAGAAUAUUGUUUUCUGUACAAUUCUGACAGCUGGAAUUUCUUCAGUUUUAAAUAAGCUUUAAUAAAAGGACAGUACAAUGUCCGUAAGUUGCAAACUGUCCCUUUCUCGAAGUAAUGGUGCUUAUGCAAACCUUUUGGAUAUUGAAAACAGUCUCUUUCUACAUUAAAGCAUUUUGCUUCGCCGUAUUUACCUAAAAAAUUUCUUGCUUCUUGAAAAAAUAAUGACCUUUGAAUCUUUAAGCUUUUAAGUAAUGAGCUUAUUAUUGACAUGCGAUUUAGUUAUUCAGUAUGAUUUAAUCACUCAGCGUUUCUGUGAAUCGGACGUUGGCAGCUCUCAUCAGAUUCUCCAUUGAAUUUGUUAGUAAAAUCCAGCUACCAUUUAAAGUUGAAAUUUGCAUUAAUAAUUCCAAUAGUUAUAGAAAUAUUAUGCUAGGCAGCUUUCAAUUAUUUAUUUUUAUUGAUUUAAACUUCAUUUUGUAAAAACUUCCAUUCGUACCGUAAUUAUCUUGUAUUAUUUAUUGUUACUAUUUAAGUGACGGUCAUUUUACCGAGCCCAAUCCUGAACGUUCUACCGGAAGUUAAACAGACAGGCAAACUAAAACUCCCCUCAUAGGCAGUGCUUUAAUGAUCUAUUUCCACGGCCCGUUAAAUAGGUAGCUAUUCACGUUUUCGGAUCGUACAAGAUGACUUCUUCAAAUUGGCUGCUAACUUUCUUCUUUGUUUCUUAAAAUCAUAUGAAUUACGGAGCUGAAUGUGUGUCGGAUUCAACUUUUUCGUAUUAAAUAGUUCUUACUUCUAUCGAUUUCUGAACUCCAACAAUGACAUCUUAUCAAAUCUGUGUUGGUCCUUUACUCCUCUUUGGUGUAUUAUCGUCACUAACGACAAAAAUGCAGAUAUUUGAAUGUAUAAUUUUUGCUCUUGAAUUCAUUCAUUCGGUUUUGAGGUGAAUAAGAGGCCAGAUCAUGAGUACUUACUUGCUAAAUCCACAUAUUGUGUAAUCGCUUGUAACAAUAUUCCUACCGUUAAUAGUAUCUUCCGUCUCUCAUCCGGCCCAAGUUGCUUUUCUUAAAUGUAAGAAUAACGUCCUUUCUUUACUAAUCUUGUUUAAUUUAAGACAGAUAUAACCGAUUAAUGCAGCUAAGUAACCUGUAUGAAUCUUCGUUGCAGUGUCACAAAAAGUCUGCUUUAGAGUCCAGCAAUAAGGAGCGGAGUUGCAAAUGGCGGCUUGACGUUUAUGUAGAGCGCACCUUGUAUCUCUUCUUCACCGAAGUCGCAGUCCUAAGUCAUUAAAGCUUUAAGAAUAGCUACAUAGAUUUAUGUACAACAAGAAUUUUAUUUUUCUCAGCUAUAUGUAACUGAAAUAAGUAGAUGGGGAAUAACAAAUAGCAUUAUUUUUCAUCGUGUAAAUAUUAGCCUAGGCUAGAAAUCAGAAUUUGUCGGGGUUGUAUAUAAGAACCAGUACAUGAGAAAUAAAAUUAGUCUUCCAUUA